AUGGAUGAGCAAUACGACGUCGUUGUUAUGGGCACUGGUUUGACCGAGUGCAUUCUUUCUGGUCUUUUGUCAAUCGAAGGCAAGAAGGUCCUCCACAUGGACCGCAACGACUACUACGGAGGCGAGAGUGCCAGUUUGAACUUGACCCAGCUCUUCAAAAAGUUCCGCGAUGGUGACGCCCCCGCCGCCGCCCUCGGCAAGGACCGCGACUACAACGUCGACUUGAUCCCUAAGUUCAUGAUGGCCAACGGAGAGCUCGUCAAGAUCUUGACCCACACCGACGUCACCCGCUACCUCGAGUUCAAGCAGAUCGCCGGCUCGUACGUCUACCGCGAUGGUGUCAUCGCCAAGGUCCCCGCCACCGAGAUGGAGGCCGUCCGCAGUCCCUUGAUGGGUCUCUUUGAGAAGCGCAGAGCCAAGAAGUUCUUCGAGUUCGUCCAGAACUACAAGGCCGACGAUCCCGCCACUCACAGUGGCAUGGAUAUCAACACUACCCCCAUGGACAAUAUCUACAAGCACUUUGGAUUGGAGGCCGGCACCAUCGACUUUAUCGGCCACGCCUUGGCCUUGCAUUUGGAGGACAGCUACUUGAACCGCCCCGCCAAGGAGACCUUUGACCGCAUCACCCUCUACAUGUCGUCUAUGGCUCGUUGGGGCAAGUCUCCUUACCUUUACCCUCUCUACGGUUUGGGUGAGCUCCCCCAGGGUUUCGCUCGUCUCUCUGCUAUCUACGGUGGUACCUACAUGCUCGACAAGAAGGUCGACGAGAUUGUCUACGAGAACGGCAAGGUCGUCGGUGUCCGCUCGGGUGAUGAGAUUGCCAAGUGCUCCCAGGUCAUUUGCGACCCCUCCUAUGCUCCCGAGAAGGUCCACACCACUGACCGCGUCAUCCGUGCCAUUUGCUUGCUCAAGGGCCCCAUCCCCAACACCGAUAACGUCGAUUCUUUCCAGUUGAUCAUCCCCCAGAACCAGGUCAAGCGCAAGAACGACAUCUACAUUGCCGGUGUCUCUGCCUCCCACAACGUCUGCGAAAAGAACCACUACCUCGCCAUCGUCUCUACCGUCGUCGAGACCGCUAACCCCCAGGAGGAGAUCCAGGCCGGUCUCGCCCUCCUCGGCCCCAUCGUCGACAAGUUCGUGCAGGUUGUUGAUAUCAGUGAGCCUAUUAAGGAUGGCAAGGAUGACCAGGUCUUUAUCUCCAAGUCGUACGAUGCCACUUCCCACUUUGAGACUGUCUGCGAUGAUGUCAAGGAUCUUUACAAGCGCAUCACCGGCAACGACCUUGUCCUCAAGCAGCGCCUGACCCAGGAGGAGGAGCAGAAGGAGAUGGCUGACCACUAA